GAGGUUGAAGCUGCCUCCGCCAUCUUGGAGAUGGGAGACGGGCGAUGGCUGUGGUCCUUCUGCUAAUGCAAACAACAAAACGGCCACAGUAGUCAACCCGAGUGAGCUUAUCAUCACUGUAACUGUUGACCAAAGCUACAGAAGAAGCGAGGGUGUCAAAGCCCAGCGCGGCGACAUUGAUAGCAGCUUCUCCUGCCUGCGGGAGCCGCAGAAGUGAAGUGACUGAAGACCGGAAGGAUGGUGCAGUCCUGUUCCGCCUACGGCUGCAAGAACCGGUAUGAUAAGGAUAAGCCCGUUUCUUUCCACAAGUUUCCUCUUACUCGACCCAGUCUUUGCAAAAAAUGGGAGGCAGCUGUCCGAAGGAAAAACUUUAAGCCCACGAAGUACAGCAGUAUCUGUUCGGAGCACUUUACUCCUGACUGCUUUAAGAGGGAGUGUAACAACAAGUUGCUGAAAGAGAAUGCUGUACCCACGAUAUUUCUCUGUACCGAGCCGCAUGACAAGAAGGAAGAUCUUCUGGAGCCACAAGAACAGCUUCCCCCGCCUCCUUUAACACCUCCCAUUUCCCAGGUCGACGCUGCUAUUGGAUUACUAAUGCCUCCUCUUCAGACCCCUGAUAAUCUCUCUGUUUUCUGUGACCACAACUAUACUGUGGAGGAUACAAUGCACCAGAGAAAAAGGAUUCAUCAGCUAGAACAACAAGUUGAAAAACUCCGAAAGAAGCUCAAGACUGCACAGCAGCGGUGCAGAAGACAAGAACGACAGCUUGAAAAAUUAAAGGAGGUUGUUCACUUCCAGAAAGAGAAGGAUGACAUAUCAGAGAGAGGUUACGUGAUUUUGCCGAAUGACUACUUUGAAAUAGUUGAAGUGCCAGCAUAAAAAAAUGAUGUUUGUAUUGGUUUUUAAUGGGGCAACACCACACACCCUCUUCUAGCCUAUAAAGGAGUUUCAUUUGAAAAAAUAACAAUUGAUUACUUGUAUAAAAACAAUUCAGAAUAUUUUUUUAAAAAAAUAAAUUAGAUAUAUACUAUAAAAUUGUAAGUUUUUUGUUUGUAAUUUCAGGGUUUUUACAUUUUAACAAAAUAUCUUAAAAGUUAUAAACUAACCUCAGAACUCCAAUAUAAGUUGGUUUCAAAUUGAGGAGUUUUGUUUUUUGGGUAUUUAUAGAAAUGUAAAAAUGAAAAGUGUGAAGUGAAUGUGAACAGU